GGCGGCCCGGAGCGGCGGGAGCGCGGGAACAUGCGGCUGGCGUCUCUCGAGCUCUGGGCCGCGCUGGCGCCGCUGCUGUGUGGCUGCGCGCUGGCGCUGCCCGGGGGCCUGCUGUACCCCCGGGAGAGCCCCUCUCGGGAGCGCAAGGACCUCGGUGGCCUCUGGAGCUUCCGCGCCGACCUCUCCGACGGCCGGCGCCGGGGCUUCGAGGAGCAGUGGUACCGGCGGCCGCUGCGGGAGUCAGGUCCCACCUUGGACAUGCCAGUCCCCUCCAGCUUCAAUGAUGUGAGCCAGGAUGGGCAGCUGCGCCACUUCAUCGGCUGGGUAUGGUACGAACGGGAGGUGACCCUACCCCAGCGGUGGACACAAGAUCCAAGCACAAGAGUGGUGCUGAGGAUUGGCAGCGCUCACUACUAUGCCAUCGUGUGGGUGAAUGGGGUCCACGUGGCAGAGCAUGAAGGAGGCCACCUUCCCUUCGAGGCUGACAUCAGCAAGCUGGUGCAGAGUGGGCCCCUGGACUCCUGUCGAAUUACUAUCGCCAUCAACAACACACUCACCCCCCACACCCUGCCACCAGGGGCCAUCCGCUACCAGAACGAUGCCUCCAAGUAUCCCAAGGGUUACUUUGUCCAGGACAUAAACUUCGAUUUCUUCAACUAUGCGGGGCUGCACCGGCCAGUGCUCCUUUACACCACGCCCACCGCCUACAUCGAUGACAUCACCGUCAACACCGAUGUGGAUCGGGAUACUGGGCUGGUGAGUUACCAGAUUUCUGUCCAGGGAAGCGAACACUUUGAGUUGGAAGUACGACUUAUGGACGAAGACGGCAAAGUUGUGGUCCAGGGGUCAGGGGCCCAGGGCCUGCUGCUGGUGCCUGCUGCCCACCUCUGGUGGCCAUACCUGAUGCAUGAGCACCCUGCCUACCUCUACUCACUAGAGGUGAGGAUGACCACGCAGGCUGCAGGCAGGCCCGUGUCUGACUUCUACGUGCUCCCCGUGGGCAUCCGCACCAUCCGAGUCACACACAACCAGUUCCUCAUCAACGAGCAGCCUUUCUACUUCCACGGGGUCAACAAACACGAGGAUUCAGAUAUCCGAGGGAAGGGCUUUGAUUGGCCACUGCUGGUAAAAGACUUCAACCUGCUCCGCUGGCUGGGGGCCAACUCAUUCCGAACCAGCCACUACCCGUAUGCAGAGGAGGUGAUGCAGCUGUGUGACCGCUACGGGAUCGUGGUCAUCGAUGAGUGCCCUGGCGUGGGCAUUGUGCUGUCCCAGAGCUUCGGGAAUGAGUCCCUGCAGCACCACCUGGAGGUGAUGGAGGAGCUGGUGCGCCGGGACAAGAACCACCCGGCUGUGGUGAUGUGGUCUGUGGCCAAUGAGCCCGCUUCCAACCUGGAGCCCGCUGGCUACUACUUCAAGACACUGAUCACGCACACCAAAGCCUUGGAUCCCUCUCGGCCAGUGACCUUCGUGACCAACUCCAACUAUGCAACAGAUCGUGGGGUUCUGUACGUGGAUGUGAUCUGUGUGAACAGCUACUUCUCGUGGUAUCAUGACUUCGGGCACCUGGAGGUCAUCCAGCCACAGCUGCAGACCCAGUUUGAGAGCUGGUACAAGACCUACCAGAAGCCGAUCAUCCAGAGCGAGUAUGGAGCGGAAACCAUCCCAGGCUUCCACCAGGACCCCCCUCUGAUGUUCAGUGAGGAGUACCAGAAGGGCCUGCUGCAGCAGUACCAUUUGGUUCUGGACCAGAAACGCAAAGAGUACGUGGUUGGAGAGCUCAUCUGGAAUUUCGCUGAUUUCAUGACUAACCAGUCACCCACAAGAGCAAUAGGAAACAGAAAGGGGAUCUUCACUCGCCAGAGGCAGCCCAAAAGCGCAGCCUUCCUUUUGCGAGACAGAUACUGGAAACUCGCCAAUGAAACUGGGUCCCACCACUCAGUGCCGGAGUUACAGUCUUUUGGAACCAGACCAUUUACUUUUUAAAGCCAGAACUGCCUCUCUGCUGAGGACACCGCCCCCCACCCCUGAAGGGGAGAGGCAGCGUCCACGCGAAACCCAGCACUGCCUCUGAGACUGUUCUGGGAUGUAGAAGCCCCCGAUCCGGACUUGUGAUACUAGAGGGACACAAGGCUUUUCUAGUAUGGCAAUAAAGAGUUCGUAUGCCCUCAGCGGAGUGCCUUGCCCUGCUGAAAAGCUCAUGAAAUCCUUUUUUGCAUGUCAGCUUCUUUUCAGGGCCUUGAGAAGCUGCUGCUCCCCGCCCACCCCCAGCCUAGAGCUGCCCAAGUCUUUAAACUGGGCCAGCCCCCACCCAGUGAGAAGACUCAGAGCCUCUAAGUGCCAUAGAGCCAACGUUCCAUAUGCACGGAGAACUAUAGAAACACUAUUGCGAUGCAAGGGUGGACACUAAAAAAGGUUUAGGCAUGGAUGAGUGUCUGAACUGGGAGCUCAGGCCUCGGGUUGUCCUGAAGGGUCGUCCUGAGAUGGCAGUUGUAAGUAGUCCUAGCAGAUGGAUGAGGUGAGUUAAAUCUCUUUUGCUGUGUCACAGCUGAUGUCACCAGCUGAAAUGCACCCUGUACCAGUGUCUGUCCUGUUCUUCCACAAGCUUCACUCAGGCAAGCACAGCAUCUUUACAAUUUGAGUGUUCACCAGGCUGUGUGUAAAGCAACAUGCUAUGAAUAAACAUUUUUUUGGUAGCUAA